AGUAGCAUGUUGAAGUAUGCCGAACCCGAACUGGGAGCCUUUUUUAGAUUGACGAUACUGCUAGCACAAAAUGUAGUGAAGUACGUUUAUCAUUCGUUGUUUUCUGAAAAAAGUUUGCAGAGCCAGGUGGGCAAGUAGCGUUGCUCCUUGAAUAUUGAUUAGGUGAGCACUCAGUAGGAGGAAAUAUUAGCCACCAAUUCAUUGUGUUUGGUAGGCAAUUUAUGGUUCAUAUGGGGUGACGAAAGUAGAAAAGGUUGUCGUGUGUUUUGCCUGCCCGUCCCUCGACACGGGAGUUACCAGUGAGGGCGACCGAGCCCGCAACAAAAAAAUUCGAAGUGCCGCAUCUUCUGGGCAGCAUCUGAAUACUGAGGCAAAAAUGGCAGCCUUGUCGGACGAGAUCCGCGCGCAGUUCGCGGAGCUGCAGGCCCUUUUCGAUGAUGAGGAUGUCGACUAUGCGGCAGCCUUGGCGAAAGUAGCGGAGAUCGAAGAAGCCUUUGACGGGGAAGCCAUUCCCAAAGAACUGUGUCGGUCGCGCAUGUUCUGCCUUCUCAAACUGGGGAAGUACGCGGAGGUCUUAGCGGCGCAAGGCGAGAGCUCUGCUACAGUUAAGAGAAAAAGUUGAAGUCAUUCUAUCGUGGAUAAGAUUUUGUGAUAAAUCUUUUCUAGAAGUACAGGAAUUGUGUCAAUAGCAGUUACGACUGUUGUCCAAAGGGAUAACCACCUUUGACUUUGUAGUAACGAAGAUGCAGAUAAUUUCCCCGGUACUUAGUGUCUUCACUUUCUUGGGCAAAUUCCCGAAUAGAUUUAAAUCAUUUCUUUUUCCCUCUCCACAUGCACGACAUGCACCUCUUCUUCAUAUUUUAGCAGGCGUACGCAAAUUACAAGCUCGGAAACAUCAACCCGGCAAAGAAGCUCCUCGAUGACGAUUCUGCGAUGGAAGUGGAGGAUGAAGAUGAUAUCUUUCCUGGAACGUUACGAGCUCAAAUAGCAUUUCGAUCCGGUGAUAUGGCGGGAGCAAAAAAAGGAUUCGAAGGUAUAGCAUCAUUGUACAUUCUUCGUGGGUGAAGUGCUCGCGGAUUUCUGGGCACUUUUCCUACCCUCCAGCAUUUCUUAUCGUUACUCUAUGGUGGAACUAAAAGUAAGUUAAUCAAGUUCAAGUUCUGUUUGGCUACUCUUGUUGUUUGAAGAACCACAGAUAUUAUGGUAGUAGAUUGGAUUGGCAAUACAACUACUUUUCUUCGAUGUCGAAAAAACAAUAACAGAUAUCCUAAACACUGGUGUGGAAGACGUUGCUAUCAAUGUAGCUGCCUCGCAAAUAGCAUUGGGACAGCAUUCGCUUGCCUUGAAGACGUUGCGAAAGGGAGAAGUCAUUUCGGAGUAUUUUUAGACCCUAAAAGUUGUUUACUUUUUUGGAUAUUACCCAACUAUGUUGCAUUCCAUAAUAAAGUUUGGAUAAUUUUUAGCGAACAAAGGUCACAGCCACAACGAAUCGAACGAACAUCGAUUCCCUUUUUUAUCAAAGAACCUUGUCUACCUUUGAAAGCGUUACUGCCUCCACGACUCUCACUCUUCCACUACUUUCUCCAGAUGGGUGACGUUGUACAACCAGGGAUGUGCGGAAAUAAGUGUGGGCAACACAAAUGCUGCACUAGGAACGCUGGCAAAAGCGCUGAAACUUGCCACCAAGGACGAAGACGCGACGCAAGACGAGCUCGCAAUGGUACGCGGGCAGCUGGGUGUCCUCUAUCAGAGAAUGGGUCGCGAUAAGGACGCCGCGGAUUGCUAUGAGAAAGCUGGCGACAAGAACCCUGCAGUGCAGGGCGUUAUCACGAACAAUCAAAUCGCUCUCAAGGCGAGUGACAGUAAUUUUCUGCUUGGAUUGAAUGGAUUUUUACUAAUCGACGGCACGCCUAAAGUUAUACAAAGAACCUCUAGUACUAGUUGUAGUACUUGUACUACUAGUAUAUGAUCUUGCUACCUCCAUUUCCAUGGUCCCCUCCGCAGGUACGAAGGUAAAUGAUUUUUUGAAGAAGCUGGAUGCAGUGAAGGAAAGCGUGGCUAAGAGCGGAAUCCAAGGAGAGGUCCUGACUCUGAAUAAAGCGUUGCUUAUGGUCCAGGGUAAAAAGGACCAAGCAACGGCAGCUGUUGCCGAGGUGCGGGAUGCCAGUGUAAAAACAUUGCUGGAAGCCGCAAUGGCGUAUCAAAAAAAGGACCUACAAAAAUGCGAGCAAAUUCUGAAAGCAAGCAACGCGCCAGAGGCGGUGGCGGCACUAGGUACUUUAUCUGCUCACCAGUCGAUAUUUUCCUUGCGAGAACAGAGUCCACUGUAAUCCAGGCAUCCCCGCGUCUAUUCGAUCGCUCCAUCAGUCUUGUUCCAAGUAAAUUUUGUUGAUAGAAGACCAAGACUUAUCAUCGUCCCUAUACCUAUUUUCGAGUUUAUUUCUAGAUUCUACUUGUGUCUGAAGAUAGAUGUAUUAUGAUCUUCCAGGUGAGUUCUACGCAGUUCACCAGAAGGAUGAAGCCAAGGCCGUUUCCUACUACGCAAAGCUGCCGGUGGAAGAUAGAAUUGCGGCAUUAGACACGAUAUGCGCAUUCUCGUGGCGACAAAAAAAGGCGGACGAAGUAAUUAAGAACCUCCGGGAAGCCAUAGAAAGUGUGAAGAGCGACCAAAAGAAGCUGCAGGUACAACAAUACUUAACCUUUUCGUAUGUCGCUAGUAAAGUGCAAUCACUCUGGUGCUGUGAUAACGUUUUAACCAAUUAUGUUUCUUUCAAAAGAUAUCCCUUUCUUCUUAUUUUCUUUUGUCUCAUUGUCAUUCCUCUCAACGAUUUUCUUAAAUACGCCACAGUCUGUGUUGCGUACGGGCAUGAAGUGGGCACGGGAACUACGUGACAGCACGUUUCAAGCGGAGGUCGCGCAGCUCUACCUCGAACAGGUGGACAAAGACGACGCUUACUUUGCGCAGCAGCUAGUGCUCCCGCUAGCGGCAUUCGAUGCGUCGCGGGCUGUAGAACUCGCGGAGGACCUGGUCUCGAAGAAGGCGGGCGAAAGGGCACUAGCCUGCGAUCCAGAGGAGCUGGAACAGAACGUGCCACUGCGCUUGAUGCAGAAGACGAGGCAAGCAGAGGCUACGACAGCAAGCAGCGAUGGUGCUGUCGGCGUGGAGGGUGUGCAACUGCUGAAGAAUAAGAGGAAGAGGAAGCCGAGGUACCCGAAGGGCUUCGACCCAGCCAAUCCGGGACCGGCACCGGAUCCGGAGAGGUGGCUGCCUAAGCACCAGCGGUCCACAUUCAAAAACAAGAAGAAGCGCGGCAACAAGCUUGCGCGAGGGCCGCAGGGUGCUGGUGCGGGAGCAGCAGAUCUAGAAGUCAAAAAAGGACCCACUACCAAAAACGUAGACAUCGCCACGGAGGAAGUAGCAAGAAAGGGGAAUAAAAACAAGAAGAAAAAGAAAUAAGCUACUUACUAGAAGGAUACACACACUUGUUUGAAUUAUAUACAGUUAAUUACUUCCCCUUUAAUCUUCUGAAUAUUCUUCGCAACUAGAGCACUACAUCAUGGAGAAGGUUCCAGCCUCGUCAUGAGACAGAACCCAAAAGAUCAAGGGUUGGCAGCAUUCCUCAGUAGCCCUGGUGAGUUGCCCCGUAUUGAUCUUUAGUCCGCGCGCGAGGACCUGACUUGCUCUAUCACGCCUGUACUAGAAUCUCAUACGCUUACCAUGAUAUGUGCCAGAAACGUGAUACUUUCAUCUGUCGCUUACCAUGACCCUCUAUUCUUUUGUCGCAUUCUAGACGCCCUCUUUACGUACGUAAGAGCAAGAUGGGUGUUCUCCAUCUCUCUUCCUG